UGACUGAAGGGUUGGGAUGUGUUUUGUUUAUGGAUGUGUCUAUUUUUGUAUGUCGUUUUCCACCUUUUCCCCGCAAUGGAUUUUUUUCUCUCGUUCACUAUCCUUUCUAGUUGGUGGCGGUAAUGCACCAACAACAUUGAAUGCCAACCGCCCUUAAACCCCGUCGAAGAAGAAAAAGCGAGUUUGACAAAUCCCGGAACUAUCCGCGGAGUGCGAAAGUAGGAUAUUUCUCUAUAAUUUACAGUUUUGUCCAACAUUUUUUUAUCAUAGUGCAUACAUAUGCAUAACCUAUUUACAUCGAAUGUUAAACGAUAUGCGGGCUUCAUUUUGUGUACUUUAGAAUUUGACAACAUUGUCGUUAAAUGUGUUGAAGUUAACGUUACAGUCGUGGAUUUCUGACUAACGUAACGUUUCACUUCCAGAUUCAGUUCUGUAUUUCGAUUCAACGCCGCUUAAUCUCAUUAGUCUACUGCUCAUUUCGUUCUGAAAUCAACUAUUGAUACUUUUACAUAAUGAGAUAUUGCGCUUUAUUAUUAACAAUGUAUGCGCUGGUAUAAUCUCAAUGCUAGAGGGACAUACCGAGGUCGGACCAGGUAGACAGCCACCAUGGCUGCAGUGCAGGACUCUAUCUACAUGAAAUCCUCUGACCUUAUCAAAAAGGAGCCUCUGGACUACGGCGGCUUCGGUACCGUGUACCUGUGCUAUCAUAAAACCCUCGGUCAGGUGGUUCUGAAGAGCGUCUACACCGGGCCACCGCGCAAUGAGGGCAAUAAGCAGUCCCUGCUAGAAGAGGGCAGCCUGAUGACCAGACUGAACCAUGAGCGGGUGGUCAGGCUGCUGGGGGUGAUCCUGGAGGAUGGGGACUACUCUCUGGUCAUGGAGCUCCUCCCUAAAGGCAACCUGCUGGCCAUGCUGGACCAGGUUUCUGUGCCGAUAUCUAUCAAGGGCAGGAUCAUAUUGGAGAUUCUGGAGGGGAUGGUGUACCUGAUGAAGAACCGUGUCAUACACAAGGAUCUCAAACCAGAAAACAUACUGGUGGACAACGAUUUUCAUAUUAAGAUUGCAGACCUGGGCCUGGCCACCUGUCAGACGUGGAGCAGACUGACUAAGGAGGAGUCUCGCAGGCAGAGCCGGCUAGGACGUAUGGGGGCUGGAGGAGGGGGGGCCAGGGCAGCUGGUACUCUGUGUUACAUGGCUCCAGAGCACCUUGACAGCAUCCAUACACUCUCCUCUGAGAAGUCUGACAUCUAUAGCUUCGCUAUUGUCAUCUGGGUCAUCCUCACUGCCAGGGAGCCCUUUGAAAAUGCUCGGAGUGAGGACCAUAUCUGCCAGUGUGUCCGUAAAGGCGAUCGUCCGAAUGAAUACCUCAUCCCUGGUGAUACUCCUGUAGAGAUCAUAGAGCUAAUGAAGAGUUGCUGGCAUCAGGAUCCACAAUGGCGGCCAACAUUCAGAGAGGGCUACAACUUCUUCCUACCCGUCUACAGGGAGAAGUUGGAGCCAGAUGUAGAAAGGGACUCACUUGGUCUCAGAGACUUGUAUGAGGGGCCUGAGGAGCUGGUGGAGAAGAUGAAAUCUUUAUCGAUGCCUCCUGAGAGCCUUACAGCAGACCGGCCAGCUCCCUUGCUGAGCUCAGACAGUGCUGGGGCUGUCCGUAUAGAAGCUGGUCCAGUGGAGGCCAGCAUUGAGGACCUGAACCUCUUCCUUCCCUGUGAGCCCUCCCUAAUCCAGCCAGAUGCCCGGGCCCAUGGCCCCAUCAGCACCCCCUCGGGUAUGGAGCUCAAACUGGUCAGCAGUUCGAGGUCAAACCUGGAGGUCAAAUUAGCCCAGGAGUACGAGUACCACAAAUUUGGCAGCUACUGCCGGAUGGACCAGCCAGACUUCAGCCCCUACCCUCACCCUGCCACCCCACAGCGCCUCUCCUCACAGGACCUCACUUCCACCAGAGGCCUCCCAGACCUCAGGCCCCCUCAGCCCCCAGUGUCCUCUGUCCAGUCUUGGACCAAAACCCAGGCCGUCCAGCCCAGCAGCGUGGAGGUAGACCCCCUCCUUCAUCUCUCUGACCUUUACGAGGCUACGGCCCCCUCCGGUACCACCACACCAAGACACCAGCUGUCAAGCCACAUCCCUGAGUCCACCAGCAGCCCAUCUCUGAGCCAGGGCAAGUACUCCCCCCAGCAGCAAUAUCCCUACGCCCAGUAUGACCGCCACCAGUCCUGGCCAGCCUACCCAGUGCCAGAGUCAGCUGCCCCAGACCUCACUGCAGGGCUGCGCCUGAACUCAGGUGCCAAGGUUGGACUUUCACAAGACCCAGCAGGCCUAUUUAUCCAGAACGCCAGUGGGAUCCAGAUAGGCAGCAACAACACACUCAGCAUCAGGGGUCAUGAGUCAUACAGCAGCUCAGCCAGCUCUCUCUCCAACGGGCCCAACUCACUCUCUCUGCUCAAAGAAAACCUGCAGAUGUACGAGGACCAGGCAGUGACGGAGGAGCACCUGGAUCUCCUGAGAGAUAACAUCGGGAAGGACUGGAAGCGCUGCGCCCGUCGUCUGGGCCUGAGCGAGGUGGAGGUGGAGACCAUCGACCAUGACUACCAACGUGACGGGCUGCCUGAAAAGGUGCACCAGAUGCUGGAGCGCUGGAGGAUGAAGGAGGGCUGUGUGGGCUGCACCGUGGGCCGGCUCUGCAGAGCCCUGGAGAACUGUGUUAAAGUCGACCUGUUGAAGAGGCUUCUGCACUCCAGCGGGACCAACAGUUCUCUGUAGGUACAGUAGCCUGUAUCAACUGUAUUCAAUUCCCCCUAUACCAGAGGGGUUACUAUUGACUCCAGCCCCCCACCCUCACCCUUACAUUCCUACCAACCAGUGUAACGUGUAAUGAUUGUCAGUUGAGUUGUUAGUAUUGACUUUGAACUACUUACUUACUGUAAGGUAGUCUGGCUGUAAUUUUCUUGCCAUAUGAUAUGGAUAUGAGUGUAGCAGCCCAAAUACACCAUUCCAAUCUUUGGGAAAUCUGCAGUUGCUUCAUCCAUUUUUGGACUUAAGUUAACCAUAUAUACCCAUUUGAUUAUUGAAGGAAGAACUUAUAAAUACCUCAUGAGUUUACUUCAACUCUUGUGCCACAUCAGAGCCCUAUAGUACAAAUCAGGUUUGAGGAGUUGGCGAGGCAACCUUGGUCAAAUCCUCGGGAUAAUCGGCAACAGAUUUUUAUCCUGAAUGAAGAGGGCAGCAGGGUAGCCUAGUGGUUAGAGCGUUGGACUAGUAACUGAAAGGUUGCAAGUUCAAAUCCCUGAGCUGACAAGGUACAAAUCUGUCAUUCUGCCCCUGAACAGGCAGUUAACUCACUGUUCCUAGGCCGUCAUUGAAAAUAAGAAUUUGUUCUUAACUGACUUGCCUGGUUAAAUAAAGGUAAAAUAAAUACAAUAAAAAAUGAUAGCAUUUGCUUUGCAAACUUGUGAUUGUAUUUUCACAUUUGCAACAGCCGCAACCAUAAACAUACAGUGCAUUUGGAAAGUAUUCAGAACCCUUGACUUUGUCCACAUUUUGUUACGUAGCCUAGUGGUUAGAGCGUUGGACUAGUAACCGGAAAGUUGCAAGUUCAAACCCCCGAGCUGACAAGGUACAAAUCUGUCGUUCUGCCCUGACCAGGCAGUUAACCCACUGUUCUAAAAUAGAAAUAUAUCCUCACCAAUCUACACACCACAUUUACAUUAGUAUUUAGACCCUUUACUGAGUAUUUUCUUGAAUCACCUUCACCAGCGAUUACAGCCUUGAGUCUUGUCGGGUAUGACACUACAAGCUUGGCACACCUCUAUUUGAGGAAUUUCUCCCAUUCUUCUCUGCAGAUCCUCUCAAGCUCUGUCAGGUUGGAUGGGUAGUGU